UCAUCUUCCAUCGAUAGUUUCGAUUUCGUCACAUUCCCUGCGAUCUCUGGCUGUUCUUGGUGUUUGCGCGACCGAUCGUCUCAUCUUCCAUCGAUAGUUCUUUCGGAUCUAUCUUCCUCGAUUUCAUCACAGUCCCUGCGAUCUCUGGCCGUGCUUGAUCCAGUGGCACCGAUCCUUCGUUGUGAGAUUCUCGGAGCUCUAAGAGGUGUCAUCUCUCACCUCUUAGUUGUCCUACACACAUCGCCGUCCUGAUGCUUGCUUGCAAGCGCACGGGAUCCAGGAGCACCGAUCUUUUGUGAGGCUUGCCUUUGAUUCUCUGAGCUCUGGGAGGUGUGAUUCCCUCACCUCCUAGCUCUGAGAAUCAACAGCAAGCCUCACACACAUCGGCUGUUCUUUGAUCUCGUCUUGCAGGCGCGGGAUCCAGGACUUGUGAGGGUUGCCUUUGAUUUUCUGAGCUCUCGGAAGUGUGAUUCCCUCACCACCGAGCUCUGCACACAUCGAGAUCUUUGGCUGUUCUUUGAUCUCGUCUUGCAGGCGCGCGGGAUCCAGGAGCAGCGAUCUUUGUGAGGCUUGCCUUUGAUUCUCUGAGCUCUGGGAGGUGUGAUUCCCUCAGCUCCUAGCUUUGAGAGUCAAUUGCAAGCCUCGCACGCAUCGAGAUCUUUGGCUGUGCUUUGAUCUAUCUCGUCUUGCAGGCGCGCGGGAUCCAUGAGCAGCGAUCUUUGUGUUGAUUCUGGGGGGUGUGACUCUCUCACCUCCUAGCUCUGGGAAUCCUCACACAUCGUGUAUGCAUCCCAUCGCACUGGAUUUUCACUGCAUGAGCGUCGAUCUAGCGACUUCCCGCUAGAAUAUUUCUGCAGGAGCCCUAAUCUAGGUUUGUGGCGAGCAAUGGCGCCCAUUGCGAGCUCUGGCGAGCGAUUCUUGUGCUGCUGGAGCGCUGCUGCGUGCCAUUCGGAUUAUCUCCAGGUGAAAAGAGUGAGCUUCAAGCCUCCCGGGACCGAAGCCACCAUUUUAAACAACGUGAGCUUCUCGCUUCCCGAAAAGAGGCUAGGAUUGAUCACUGGAAGAAGCGGUAGUGGCAAGACAACAUUGCUUCAGAUAUUAGCCGGCCUGGCGUCGCCCACACAAGGCUCCAUCGUUCUAGGCGGCACCAAAGGGGACACCACAGUCAGCCUCACAGCCAAAGUGGGCCUGGUUUUCCAGUUUCCUGAGAGGUUGUACGUCUUUUCAAAGCCUACAAAUGAAAUUGACAACUUGAUUGAUCCUCGCAGGUACUUUCUCACGGAUUCCAUCCUGGAAGAGCUAAGCUUCGGGUGGCCAAGCAAAAAAGAGGACUUUUUCUCCAGACAACUGCUAGCAAUGCGCGUGCAAGCCGCUGUAGCUGCCACUGGUCUCGCCAGCAUAUCUUGGAACACCAAUCCUCGAGCUUUGAGCGAUGGAUUCAAGCGACGAUUAGCACUCGCUGUGCAACUGGUCCGCAUGCCAGAGCUGCUGCUGCUGGAUGAGCCGCUCGCUGGCCUGGAUUGGCAAUCACGAUCCGAGAUAGCGAAGCUUCUGAACAACUUGAAGAAGGAGAGGACGUUGCUCGUUGUGAGCCAUGAUCUGCGAGAGCUGAUUCGACUGGUGGACAAGGCGUGGGUUAUGGAUAUGGGUGGGACUUUGGUUGAGCAGCUAAAUUCUACUCUCUAGUUCGUGGAAUGUUACUCUUAAGAUAAAACUAUACACUGACCGAUCAAACCAGUGAGGCUGGCUGGGCAAUUAAAAGUUUUUAGUAUUGCAACGGA